AUGUCCGCCCCCACCUCCCUCCUCGCACCAAUCUACACCUACCUCCUCGGCAACAACUGCCGCAUCACCGCCACCAACGACUACGUCGGCCACUACCUCACGCUCCUCGCCAACACGCGCAUCCCCUGGACCACCGCCGAAGCCCGCCUCCUCUGCAGCGAAUACUCGCUCCUCUUCCACCACGAGCUCUCCACCGCCUCCGCACGCCUCACCACCCCACCCACCAACCGCCGGACCGCGGAGCAGCUGGCAGCGUGUACCACGCACUGCCGCGCCCAGGCACCGGAGCUCGUCUCGCGGCUCGAGGUGCUGCGGGACUACGGCGACACGCUGGACUGCUUCGAGGACCAGAUGACGCCGCUGGAGCGGCGGGUGUGGUUUAAGGCGCGGGCUCUGGCGGCGCUGCCAAGGAGUGAGGUGUGGAGUGUGGGGACGGGCGGGGAGAGGUUUUUACCGGCGAGGCUGGUGGAGCUGCAUCAUGACGUGUGGCUGCUUGCGAGCUUUGAGGAGGAUAGUGGGAGUGAGGGGGAGGGGGACGAUGAGGAUGAUAGGGCGUGGGUGGCGGGGGUGUGGCAGCGGUUGAGGGAGGUGAGGGAGUUUGCGGAGGCGGGGAUGGUGGUGGUGCCGUAG